AUGAAUCAAAAGAGCGCCUCAAAACUAUCCAAUUUCAUCAGAGAGAUAAUUUAAAAAAUGGCAUUUUGUUAACUUCCUCAUUUCCAAUAUAGUCGUUAUAAUAUAUAUUAAUAAAUAUCAGUCAAAAUAAAAUUAUUUCCGAACUAUUUUAAAAUUAGGUCUUUGGAUGAGAAACUUAUUCUAUACACAUAAAAAUAAGAAAUACAAUUGCAAUCUUGUUUUUGA